AUAGAACGCAAUCAGCCUCCGCACAAAAUUACCGUCACUUGCACACACACACACACACACACACACACACACACACACAUGUACACACUCAAACCCGGAGAUCCAGAACAGAAGGACAGCAUUGAUGGGUUCGGCAAUAAUGACGGUGAAAAAGAUGACAGCGGUGGUGCUGGCGAUUUGACAAGCGUUUCUGCGAAUAAGAAGUGUCUGAUAUGAUCAAGCUCUGGAGCGACGGAGUUGGCAGAAUGUUCAGAUUCUUUAACAGAUUGUAAAGUUUCAAUGCUCCACCAGGCAGCUUCACUGGGGAGGAAAAAAACAGCAGAUCUAAAGCUUCAAGCCCAGACAGACUUCUUUUUUAAUCAGCAGACCGCAACAACGGAAUGAUGUAGCAAACUUUUCUGCUUAUAAGGGGUGUGGCUUAGCUUUAUAGUUCCUUUUUUAUAAUUAUUACAUUUGUUUAUGUAUUUGGUUCUUUGUCUGAAUUGAUUUUCUGGACCAGACUGCCAAAUAAAAAUGGUUCUGCACAAAUCCCCCUACUCAAGUGCCUUUCUAAGUUUUCUCAACAACCUGUCCUGGGCCCUGGUUUUCCCCUGUUACUGGAUGCUCGACAGGCUCUUGGCAUCAUGCGUGGCCACGUCACUUGAAAAGCGAAGGCGCUCGCAGGACCCCUGUUCCUUCCUGGCCCUGGGGAUGUUAAUUUCCACUCCGCUGUACCUAGUACUGCUCCUGGCCUCAUUACCCUUUGCCCUGCUGGGAUUCCUGGUCUGGGCACCUCUGCAGGCAUCCCGCCAUCCAUAUAUUUACUCGUACCGGAAACCAGACACAAACCGGGCAGAGCAUGGUACUGCUGCAGGAUCUGGGGCAGGAAAUAGUGAAUGGCGUCCACAAGGCCGCAGUUUUUGUUUCGGCAGUGCCAAUGUGUGCCUUCUUCCAGACUCGCUGGCUCGCUUCAACAACCUGGCAGACACUCAGCGCAGGGCACGAGAGGUGGGCAAGCGCAUCCGUAAUGGUGCGAGCCGACCACAAAUCAAGAUUUACAUCGAUUCUCCUACAAACACCUCAAUUAGCGCUGCAUCCUUCUGCAGCGUGGCUACACAAGGCUUUAGACGAACAUCAUCACUAGAUCAGCGUCCUGAACCAACAACUGUAAAUGACGGUGACAGUGAUCCUGUUGCAGAAUGUCCUGUGCACUCAUCUGGUGGAACGAGUUCGGACUGCCCUGUUCAUAAUGCUCAAAGUGUUCCUGAAUGUCCCUUACAUUCUAAUGGAGACGAAGCAUCUCCAGAUUGUCCAAUCCACCAACCAGAAGACAUGCAGGCAUCCAGUGAUUGUCCAGUUCACUCCCCCGCAGUGGUCACAAACUCAGAGGAAUGUCCCUUGCAUCCAUCUGGGGUCCAAAUCAGCAUCACAUCGCCUGACCCCGAGCCUUCUGAGGCCGAAGUCCAAAAUCAUCAACCUAGUGAGGGAGAUAUAGGCAGCUUACAGAGUCGCACUGCCUCCCGGGAGUCCUUGACACGUUUCCAUGGUGCCAUAGAUGGGGGAAUUUUGUCCAACAAUACACUGUCACAGCACCGUACCUCUGUCUUCAAAAGGCCUGUUGGACGCAAGCGUCGACACGGAGAUGAUGGCUUCGAUCAUGAGAUCUCAGCAUUUUUUCCUGCCAAUCUGGACUUCCUUUGCCUGCAGGAAGUGUUUGACAGACGUGCAGCAGAACGACUUUGCUGGCAGCUGCAUCGCUACUUCCCGUAUGUCCUAAGCGACGUGGGACGCUAUGGCUGGAAGGGUUGCUGCUCAAGAUUCAAGUUUCUGAACAGCGGCCUUGUCCUGGCCAGCCGCUACCCCAUAUUGGAUGCACAUUACGAGUGUUACCCCAAUGGCCGUUCAGAGGAUGCACUUGCUUCCAAGGGUGUUCUCUAUGCCAAGGUCCAAGUGGCCACUUCACAUCAGGAGCAGAGGAUUGUGGGAUACAUCACCUGCACCCACCUGCAUGCUAUAGAAGGCGACGCGUCGGUGCGAUGCGAGCAGUUGGAUCUGCUCCUGCAGUGGGGCGCUGAGUUCAGGAGGAACACGGCUCAGGCUGCAGCUCAGGAGAAAGGUGUGGAGGACCAGGUCGCCUUCGACGUCAUCCUUGGAGACCUCAAUUUCGAUAACUGUUCCUCAGAGGAUAAGUUGGAGCAGCAGCACUCUAUCUUCACUCAGUACAGAGAUCCGUGUCGUCUGGGGCCUGGAGAGGACAAACCAUGGGCUUUGGGUACUCUGCUGGACACGAGUGGUUUGUAUGAUGAAGAAGUCAGCUCACCAGAGAGCCUACAGAAAGUUAUGGAGAACGAAGAAGGCAGGAAGGAGUACCUGGUUUUCCCGGCGAGUAAGAACCACUGUCCGAGUCAAAAGGGUCGUAAGAUCCCGCUGAAGGGAAACGGGCGCAGGAUCGACUACAUCCUGUACAGAGAGGAAGGCCUGCAGGCCGACUGGAAAGUGGACAUCGAGGAGUUCAGCUUCA